CCCCCCAGCCGGCCCCCCCUUUCCCAAAUUUAAAGGCGGCGCAGCAUUAACUCCUCCCGCGUCAGGUGACCUCUCAGGGGUCUCCCCGCCAGAGGUGUCCCGCCGCUGAGGAACAUGGCGAAGGUGGAGCAGGUCCUGAGCCUCGAGCCGCAGCACGAGCUCAAAUUCCGAGGUCCCUUCACCGACGUUGUCACCACCAACCUGAAGCUCGCCAACCCGACAGACCGCAACGUGUGCUUCAAAGUGAAGACCACGGCACCACGCAGGUACUGCGUGAGGCCCAACAGCGGGAUCAUCGACGCGGGGGCCUCGAUUAAUGUGUCCGUGAUGUUACAGCCUUUCGAUUAUGAUCCCAAUGAGAAAAGUAAACACAAGUUUAUGGUUCAGUCUAUGUUUGCGCCAACUGACACUUCUGAUAUGGAAGCAGUAUGGAAGGAGGCAAAACCGGAAGACCUUAUGGAUUCAAAACUUAGAUGUGUGUUUGAAUUGCCAGCAGAAAACGAUAAACCACAUGAUGUAGAAAUAAAUAAAAUUAUAUCCACAACUGCACCAAAGACAGAAACACCAGUGGCGUCCAAAUCGCUGAGCUCUUCCUUGGACGAUGCCGAAGUCAAGAGGCUGAUGGACGAGUGCAAGCGGCUGCAGGGCGAGGUGCAGCGGCUGCGGGAGGAGAACCGGCAGUUCAAGGAGGAAGACGGGCUCCGGAAGAGGAAGACGGCGCAGAGCAACAGCCCGGGCCCCGCGCCCGCCGCGCCGGGCAAGGAGGAGGGCCUCAGCACCCGGCUGCUCGCGCUGGUGGUCCUGUUCUUCAUCGUCGGGGUCAUCAUAGGGAAGAUCGCCUUGUAGAGGCGGCGGGCGCGGGAGGUGGACGGGAGCGGUGGGCCCGCCAUGCCCGGGAUUGAAACUCGCCACAACCGUGUAUAAAAAGAAAUUAAUGUAUGAUGACAUCUCACAGGUCUUGCCUUUAAAUUACCCCUCCCUGCGCGCGCGUGCACACACACAAAUGUAACAUAAUGUAACGAUCUCCUAGAAAGUAAAAAAUGUAUAGUCCGUGAUUGGGGAAGAGAAUGACCUUUGUUAAUGAUGAGGGAAACCAUGAUUAAACGACAAUAAUGGCAUGUUGUAAAUGUCAUUUUAAACAUUUGUAGGCUUGGUCCACGUUGCUGGAUUACCUCUCUGAACACACGACACUGUUGCCCGGCGGCGCCGGCCCUCGGGGGGCGGAGCCCAGCGUGGGGGCGGUGCGUCCCCUCCACAGCCACCCCGCUGGCCGCUCGCACUCCCCAGGAUGCUGGUCCGCGGGCCGCCCGGGCCCUCGGCUCCCGGGGCUGGUGUUCAGAGCCGGGGCCGAGAAGCCCUGAGCUGCGGCGGCGGCAGUAGCGCCAGACGGGCUUGCUGGGCGGGGGGCGGGGGCGCGAGUGGGCACGGGCGGCCCAGCACUUGGGAAAGGAAAGUCAGUGCUUCGUUCUCUUCAAGGGACCAAGCUGAGUUACUGUUGGUCCAUGUAGUGGGAUUGAGCUGUUAUUCAGAGACAUUUAACGCAUAUUUAACUUAUUUAAUGUAUUUCAUCUCAUGUUUUCUUAUUGUCACAAGAUUAUAACGAAUGCUGCAGCCCGAGACCAGCCGUGCCCCCUGAGGCUGCUGGCCGGAGCCAGCACCGUUGCCGGAGGGCCGGGGGCCCUGCACGUGUGCAGGUGGGCGUGCGGUCCGUUGGAAGGCUGGGGGGCGGCCGCUGGGAGGGAUUUCUCUGCACAAACAACUCACAACUGUCACGGGGAGGGAAGUUCCCGGCAGCGACAGUCCCCUCCGCAUUGCCCUCUCUCAGGAGAGGGGCGCCAGGCCCCCGCAACCUGCGGCCAGCGCUCCCGCUCCGGCACGCAGCCCGGCCUGGCCCCGGGCUCGUCUCCUGCCGCCGGGCUGGGGGUCGGGACCGGGGAGCGGGCGGGAUGCUGAGGCAGGGCGUCAGGAGAAGGAGCCAGUGGUCCAGUGCAGAGGGGUGCGAGAGGGGUCCUUCCGGUGGUCAGUCUGUCCGUCCGUCUGUCACGUGUGAUGGGGAGUUGGGCUGUGGGGUCGUGCUGCAAAGACCACUCCACUUCUGUUUGACUGUGUAGCAUCUUAAAAAGAAAAAAUUAAAAUAAAACCCCCAAAUUAAGAAUU